GUCCGGUCGGCGUUCGCAUUCUCGCCACCGGGCUCGCCGCAAACUCCUUUGCUAGCAUCCACACAGCCCGCCACUUUGGAGCCAGCCGCACAGAGAGCACCGUCAUGACGUCGCCUAUUCUAUGGCUAGCGGUAGCGCUCGCCGCUUUGACGAGUGUAGCCGUCGGCGAACCCUCGUGCACGCUGACCGAAGUCGGCAACGUCCGGAGGGUCGUAUGCCGGGACUUCACGUCUGUCGAAGACUUCGCCAAGUACGUCAAGCGCGGAGUCGGAGACGACCUCACAAAGGAGACCUGGUUCAAGCUGAAGGACAGCCGCCUGGACCGUUUCCCGGAGAAGGCUUUCGCCGACCUCAACGUCUGCAAGCUGGCCUUCUACAACGUCUCAGUCUUGGACUUCGCGCAGCAGGGACCCACGGGAAAUCCUUUCGAGGGACUCGAAGAAACGCUGCGCAAGGUCGUCUUCCACAGCGGCAGCACCCUGCCUCCUUCCUGGUCGGUCUUCCAGGGCGUCCAGAGGCUGGAGGAGCUCUGCAUCGACGACUACGAGAACCUGCGGCUGACCAGAGACUUCAACAAGCUCCCGAAGACAGUAAAGAGCAUCUACGUGACCAAGUCGACUGUGGAGCACGUGGACCCCGACUGGCUGACGUCACUAGAGAACCUCGAGGCACUGGUACUGCGCAAAACGAGUCUCAAGGUCUUCUCUAGAGGAUGGCUGCCCAUGCCAGCUCCCAGGUUCUUCCUCCUGGACUUGCCAGACAACGAACUCGAAGCAUUCCCAGAAGGGCUGGCCGACGAACUGCCUCAACUUAGCGUCGUCAACCUCCAGAGGAACAAGCUGACCACCGUAGACGAAAAGGCUGUGGCUCCACUCAAGGACAGGACCGUCUUCGUCAACUUCGCCGAAAACCCGCUGCACUGCGACUGCCGGCUGCGGUUCCUGCUCACCUACACGCACCGGUGGCACUACUUCCUGUGCCGCACUCCGCAGACCCUGCUCGACCGCUACUUCCACCGGCUCACCGAGGAAGACCUGCAGUGCAGCGCCCCCGUGCCUUCUCCCUCCACGUAGACGACGUCGCCGACGCGCGAGAGCUCGCUUGCGCUGUGCGCAGUUCGCCAAAGCACUGCCAUACCCCACUGACCCGGUACAACUCCCGACGUGACGCUGAGCGCCACGGGAUCGGGACGCCCUUCGCUUCUCUCCCUCCCUCUCUCUCUACGUUCCUUGCCCGUCCAUUCGAACCCCCUCGUCGUUGUCGUCUCUGUACUGCCUCAAUAAAAAAGAGCCCUGUUCGUGCACA